UGUCAUGGGCUAAACAAAAAGUGAGAGAAAGGAGAAACAAACAAAUUGCUUCCACCACACAUUAAUCUUUUAUUCAUUUUAAGCAAAUUAAGAAGGAAAAGCUAUAUAUUAUCGAAAAUUGAGAAUUUAAUGUUAAUUUUUGGUAAAGAAGUGCAUAAUUGAGUAUUAUUGAUAAAGGUUGAAAGUCUCACAUGAGCCUUUUUCAAGAACCUGGAGCCUCCUAAGACUAGUUCCUGUGGAGAUUGAUUGCCAACUUGGAGUACAUAUGUACAAUAGGAGUGAUAAAUGUUGAUAUCUAUCCUCCAUUCAAAAUUUAGUCAACUUGCUAUGAUUAUUCUUUGAUAAUAAAACAUGUCACGUGUCUUGGAAUGCAUGUCUCAAACUUGUAUUGCUAUCUUGGUCAAAUCUAUCCUUUUUUUCUACACACAAAUAAUUUGAACACCAGAUCCCAGCACCACUAACCAACAACCCACUUAGCACCAAUUUGAUAGCAUUAAAAUGAUGAUGUACCUAAGUAUCAUCUUCAUAAUACAUGAACCUAUCGAGAUAUCUCAAAUCUUAGACCUUUUCUAUCUUCAUCAAUUUUAAUGUAUUCUCGGAUAUUGUCCAAUUCAACAUCUCAACAUAUUGAUCAAAUAUUCUUUACUAUUUUUAAAAUAAUUUAGAUAUAAAAAUAGUAAAAUCAAAUCUCAAAAAUUGCUAACGAAUCUUGAUUUUAUCAUAUUGGCCAAUUAUUUGAUAUCUAGGAGAGAUCUCCAUAAUUUCCAGACAUGAAAUUUGUCCAAAAUAAUAAUAAUAAUUUGGUACAAGCAUAAUCUCUCAAAAUUCCCCACAGUAAAUUAUGUCGUUAACCGGCUUUGCCGGAUCUUUGGACACGCACGUCAGCAGUCAGCCCCCCUCACCUGCAUUCGAAAAACCAAAAGCCAAAAAACCAAAAGCGAAACAAGAGAGAUGCCGUUUCUUGCACCCUCCCCUCCUCCUCCUCUUCUUAACUGCCCCCAUUUUCUUCUCCACUCGUCAGCCACCAGCAUUCCGCCCUCAGUUCUCGCAUACUCCCCGUCUCCCUCCCCAGUCUCCAUUUCACUCUCCAAAACUCCUUUUUUUGUCAUAUCCCUUCCACGAAUUCUUUCUCAUUCUUGUUACUUUAACUCAUUGAACGAGAGAGAGAAUAAUUUAAGAAUGUCGUUCUGGAACGGCGAUUUUCUGAACAGCGAGCUGGCAAAGCCGACGUCCAUCUUCGGGCUGAAGCUGUGGGUGGUGAUCGGCAUUUGCGUCGGCGCCGCCAUCGUCCUUGUCCUCUUUCUCCUCUCCCUCUGCCUCACCGCCCGCCGCUGCCGCCCCGCCGCCCCCACCGGGAAACCCCUCAAGCUCCACCUCCAGGAUCCCACCCCGCCCGUCUCCAAGGACAUCCCCGAGAUCGUCCACCACCACCAGCAGCGCCACCGAGCCCCAUCCUCCGCCGCCGCCCUCGCCGAUGUCCAGAUCGACAUCGGCGGUAAGGCGGAGCACCGGGUGGUGCUGGCCGAGCAACACCGGCCGCCGGCGCCGGCGCCACCUUCGUCGUCGACGACGGGGACGGCCAGUGGAGAGAGCCGGGGGACAACGGAGGGGACGACGCCGUCGAUGGUGGGCGGGGGCCCACCGGAGGUGUCGCAUCUGGGGUGGGGACACUGGUACACGCUGCGGGAGCUGGAGAGUGCCACCGGCGGGUUCGCGGAGGAGAAUGUCAUCGGAGAGGGCGGUUAUGGGAUCGUGUACCGGGGGCUCCUGGCCGAUAACUCCAUGGUCGCCGUUAAGAACUUGCUCAAUAAUAGGGGUCAAGCAGAAAAGGAGUUCAGAGUAGAAGUUGAUACAAUUGGGCGCAUUAGGCACAAGAAUCUGGUCAGGUUGCUUGGUUACUGUGUUGAGGGGGCUUACAGGAUGCUUGUCUAUGAGUAUGUAGACAAUGGCAAUCUGGAUCAGUGGCUUCAUGGGGAUGUCGGAGUAGUGAGUCCGCUAACAUGGGAUAUCAGGAUGAAGAUAAUACUGGGAACGGCAAAAGGGUUGGCCUAUCUUCAUGAGGGGCUUGAACCAAAGGUUGUCCACCGUGAUGUCAAAUCCAGCAACAUACUACUUGACCAGCAGUGGAAUCCAAAGGUGUCGGACUUUGGGCUUGCCAAGCUCUUGUAUUCUGAGAGGAGUUAUGUAACAACUCGCGUCAUGGGGACUUUUGGCUAUGUGGCACCUGAGUAUGCUAGCACUGGGAUGCUGAAUGAGAGAAGUGAUGUUUACGGCUUUGGGGUGCUUGUCAUGGAGAUCAUAUCUGGGAGAGCCCCUGUGGAUUACACAAGACCAUCUGGGGAGGUGAAUUUGGUUGAAUGGUUGAAGACCAUGGUCGGAGGCAGGAAAACUGAGCAGGUUGUGGAUCCUAAGAUGCCAGAGAAGCCAUCUCCCAAAGCACUCAAACGGGCACUUCUAGUUGCCCUGCGGUGUGUCGACCCUGAUGCGCAAAAACGGCCUAAAAUGGGACAUGUGAUCCAUAUGCUUGAAAUGGAUGAGUUGCUAUUUCAUGAUGAUCGUAAACUCGGGCGAGAAGCAUCUUCUCAGCCAUCAGACCGGUACAACCAAAGAGAGGAGGGAAGCUUCCGCAGGCAUGAUCAGACAAGCUGGCGAUGACAGGAUCAAGUAGGUGGCUGACAAUUUGAGCUUGUAAAUUUGCAACAAUAAUGGAAUUCUUCCCUUCUCGUCCGUUUCACGUUACAUUCUCAUCUUGCAUUCAGAACUGUGCUGAGAAAAUGAUUUCUUAUUGAGGACAUCCAAUUAUGGAAAUAAUAUUUGAUGAUAUCUUUCAGCUUGUAUCUA